UCACUAGAGAUAGUCACAAAGUCAGGAAAGGAAGGAAAAAGAAAGAGGAAGGGGGGGAACCCGGGAGGACUCCCGAGCAGGAGGGAGGGGAGGAAAGGAACCCGCUCGGCCGCAAGUAAAGAAGGUCCUUUUAAAGUGGGGGGCAUGAAUCGGCAGCCGAGGCAGCGAGUCCCAUGGCCGUGAGAGAGGAAAGGGCCGGUGGGGGAGCGAAGCCCGAGAGAAGGGAGAGAAAGAUUUCCCGUGCUUUGUGAGAGCUUCCAGUAACAAAAGGGCGGAGGGUCGGGGAGCCAUGCAGCCCGAUGCUGCUGCCUCCACCUCCCCCGCCCCUACUGCGGCGGGGUCCCGGCUUGACGCCCCCAGAAUGAACCGUGGGCGGCGAGGAGCCCGGCUGGGGUGUCUGGCAGCGAGCAAGGUGACUGGUAGUUGUGCCUAGAGCUGACAGGAUGACAGCUAGCAGGACAGCUGAGACCAGGAGCAACAACCAGACAGAAAAGUCGAACCACAAACUUGUUAACAAGAUCCAGCUUGCAGGUCCGAAGGCAGUGGAAGACCUGGGACGGCGCUCCUUCCGGGCCUGCAGCAGUCACUCGUUGCCGGCUCCCUCCAGCCACUCUGCCCCUCUCCGAGAGACCGCUCAGGGCCCAACCACUGGAAGAAGCCCGCUGGAACCGCUGAAUGGUCUGAUGCUGGGGCGGAGACUGGAACGCGUGCCUCAGAACAUGCUUAGCCCCAGGAUGCUCAUCAGCGACCCGGCUGCGGAUCUGAGCUCCAAGGAGGGCCAGGCUGUGAGGCGGCAGGGGGGCGCUGCCCCAGACCCCCGCCCCGCCAGCCGGGCCCCUGCCCGACACAACUCCCUCAGCAUAAAGGACAAGAUUUCUGAGUGGGAAGGGAAGAAGGAUCUGCCAGCUCCCCUGACGGGCAAGAAGGAAGAUGGGCAGGGGUCCCCAGGGGAAUACAAGGUGUCUAGUGUCCCUGAGAAAGUAAGGGGAGACCACGUGCAGGCAAAGAAGGUGCCCACCCAGGAGCUUUACAGCAAGGAAAAUGAAAGAAAUGUCGGGAAAAGAAGCGUCAGGGGGCCGGACCAGGCGGAGAAGGAAGGGGACUCGGAGCUCAGUGUGGCCGGUGCAAGAGCGAAGCUGGGUGCACCGAAGGCUCCAAGAGACAGCCUGUCGGUGCUGAGGCAGGUCAGAAAGUUGGAGCAGGUCCUGAAGGAGGGCACCGCGGACUCGCACCCCCAGUUACCAGGGACUUACUACUCGCCUCACUGCUUGCCAGAGCGGGCCGAGGAGGGGCUCCAGGGGGGCGUGGGUGGCUCUGAGCUGAGCAAGAGGCUCGUUAACCUGGACUUAGAAGCCAAGGAGCCCGUGGAGGAGGCCAAGGGGCCCUGCAGGAGGCCGUGGAACCAGAGUCUGGAGAGCGUCUACAGGGGUUCGGAGACACCCCCCCCAAAGCCAUUCAUCAACCCGCUGCCCAAGCCCAGGAGGACUUUCAAACACGAGGGAGAGGCGGAGGAGGAGUGGAGCCGGACCCCCAGCCUCAGGAGGGACAAGAGGAGCUUGCCCCCCUUGCCCUCGCUGCCCCCCCCGCCCCUCCCUUCCUCUCCUCCUCCCGCCGUGAGCAGAAGGCUGUGCAACGGAAGACAGAAAAACAACUCGGACCACAGGAAGUCAUAUGAGUUUGAGGACCUCCUGCAGUCUUCGUCUGAGAGCAGCAGAGUGGACUGGUACGCACAGACCAAGCUGGCACUCACACGCACUUUAUCUGAGGAGAACAUCUACGAGGACAUUCUGGAUCCACCACUGAAGGAGAAUCCCUAUGAGGACAUUGAGUUACAUGGCCGCUGCCUGGGAAAAAAGUGUGUCCUGAACUUUCCAGUGUCCCCUACCUCCUCCAUCCCUGACACUCCCACCAAGUUAGCCUCCAAACCUGCAUUUUUCCGGCAAAAUUCAGAGCGAAGGAAUUUCAAGCUGUUGGACAUGAGAAAGCUAAGUCGAGAUGGUGCUGGAUCUCCUUCUAGAAUUAGCCCACCCUCUACUCCCAGCAGCCCAGAUGAUACUUUCUUUAAUCUGGAAAAUCCCCAGAAUGGAAGAAGGAGAAAAAAGAUACCCAAGUUGGUUUUGCGGAUCAAUGCCAUUUAUGAAGCCCGCCGAGGGAAGAAGAGGGUGAAAAGGCUAUCGCAGUCAACGGAGAGCAAUUCAGGAAAAGUGACAGAUGAAAACAGUGAAUCAGACAGUGACACCGAGGAGAAACUGAAAGCUCACAGCCAGCGCCUGGUCAACGUGAAAUCCCGUCUAAAGCAGGCUCCUCGGUAUCAGUCCCUGGAAAGGGAUCUCAUUGAAUAUCAAGAAAGGCAGCUAUUUGAGUAUUUUGUGGUGGUGUCCCUACAGAAAAAACAGGCGGGGGCUGCAUAUGUGCCAGAACUCACCCAGCAGUUCCCUCUAAAGCUGGAUCGAUCAUUCAAAUUCAUGAGGGAAGCAGAAGAUCAGCUUAAGGCUAUUCCCCAAUUCUGUUUCCCUGAUGCCAAGGAUUGGGUGCCUGUGUACCAGUUUACUAGUGAAACAUUCUCGUUUGUCCUGACCGGAGAGGAUGGAAGUCGAAGAUUCGGGUACUGCCGCAGGCUUCUGCCUGGUGGCAAAGGGAAACGCCUCCCUGAAGUUUACUGCAUUGUGAGCCGCCUAGGGUGCUUCAACCUCUUUUCAAAGAUCUUGGAUGAGGUGGAAAAACGCCGGGGCAUCUCACCUGCCCUGGUGCAGCCGCUCAUGAGAAGUGUCAUGGAAGCUCCUUUCCCAGCUCUGGGCAAAACCAUCACUGUCAAGAACUUCUUGCCGGGCUCUGGGACUGAAGUGAUUGAGCUGUGCCGGCCCCUCGAUUCCAGGCUCGAGCAUGUCGAUUUUGAGUCUCUCUUCUCAUCCCUCAGCAUCAGGCACCUGGUGUGUGUCUUUGCCUCCCUGCUGCUGGAGAGGAGGGUCAUCUUCAUCGCAGAUAAGCUCAGCACCCUCUCCAAGUGCUGCCACGCCAUGGUGGCCCUCAUCUACCCCUUCACCUGGCAGCACACCUACAUCCCCGUGCUGCCGCCCUCCAUGAUCGACAUCGUGUGCUCGCCCACGCCCUUCCUCAUCGGGCUGCUCUCCAGCUCGCUGCCUCUGCUCAAGGAGCUGCCCUUGGAAGAGGUCCUUGUGGUAGACCUCGUAAACAAUCGUUUCCUCAGACAGAUGGAAGAUGAGGAUUCCAUUCUGCCCCGAAAGCUACAGGUAGCACUGGAACACAUCCUGGAGCAGAGGAAUGACUUGGCUAGUGACCAAGAUGAGGGUCCUUUAGACUGUAAAUAUGGCCCGGAGUUCAGCCCCCUGAAUGAGGUGGUGUCCGAAGCCUUCGUCCGGUUUUUUGUGGAAGUCGUGGGCCACUACUCCCUGUUCCUGACCCCCAACGAGAAGGAGGAGAGGACCUUGCAGCGCGAGGCUUUCCGGAAAGCCGUCUCUUCCAAGAGUCUCCGGCGCUUCCUGGAGGUCUUCAUGGAGACCCAGACGUUCCGGGGCUUUGUCCAGGAACGGGAACUCCGGAAGCAGGAGGCCAAGGGUCUGUUUGAGGUCCGAGCACAGGAGUACCUAGAGACACUCCCCAGUGGUGAACAAAGUGGUGUCAAUAAGUUCUUAAAAGGACUAGGAAAUAAAAUGAAGUUUCUCCACAAGAAAUAAGCCUUGACACAGCUAUUCAAAUGACUUUAUGACUCAGCCAAAAAAAAAAAAAAAAUAAAGAGAGAGAAUCCCAUCUGUGC